AGUUUCAAGUCGACCCGAUUUCUCCUCAUCUGCCUCACUGCAUGCAGUCUUUUUAGCAUGCCCUGGUAACUCCAGCUCUGAGUGACUCAGCAACACAUGCUAAUGCAGUAUGAGGUUCCAUUCCCGGUUCUUCAGGGGGAAGGAGUGGAAUAUCUCGGUCAUGCGGACGAAGCAGUCAUUGCGAUCUCAAACUACAGACUCCACAUCAAGUUCAAGGACUCCGUCAUCAAUACCUACCCUGGUGCGGACAGUGAGAUCUCUGUGCCACUCAGGCUGGUAGAAAAUGUGGAAAGCAGAGAUAUGUUUCAGCUGCACAUCAUCUGCAAAGACUCUAAAGUUGUCAGAUGCCACUUUGCAACCUUUAAGCAGUGCCAGGAGUGGGUGAAGCGUCUGAACCGGGCCAUCGCCCACCCGUCCCGGCUGGAGGACCUGUUCGCCCUGGCCUAUCACGCGUGGUGUCUCGGAGCCAGCGCAGACGAUGAAGACCAGCAUGUUCACCUCUGUCGCCCAGGGGACCACGUCCGUCACAGGAUGGAAAUGGAGGUCAGACGGAUGGGCUUCGACAUGCAGAACGUUUGGAGAGUGUCUGACAUCAACUGCAACUACAAGUUGUGCUCCAGCUACCCUCAGAAGCUUCUGGUUCCCAUCUGGAUCACCGACAAAGAGCUGGAGAGCGUCGCUUCCUUCAGGUCCUGGAAGAGGAUCCCCGUGGUGGUCUACAGGCAUCAGAAGAACGGGGCAGUGAUAGCUCGCUGCAGCCAGCCUGAGAUCAGCUGGUGGGGUUGGAGGAAUACGGAUGACGAGUACCUGGUGACGUCCAUCGCCAAGGCUUGCCACAUGGACACAGGAGCCAAGGGGACGGCGGCCAGCCGGCAGAGAGGGGAGGCUCCCGACUCCUGUGAUAGUGAUUUUGACUCCUCUCUGACGGGCGGCUCAGGCUGUGACGACAGCACCGUCCCACAGAAGCUGCUGAUUCUGGACGCCCGCUCCUACACCGCCGCUGUGGCUAACAGGGCCAAGGGUGGAGGCUGUGAAUGCGAGGAGUACUACCCCAACUGUGAGGUGAUGUUUAUGGGAAUGGCCAACAUCCACGCCAUCCGCAACAGCUUCCAGGCUCUGAGGGCCGUCUGCAGUCAGAUUCCAGAUCCGGGAAACUGGCUGUCUGCUCUUGAGAGCACCCGAUGGCUGCAGCACCUGUCAGUCAUGCUGAAGGCAGCCACUCUGGUGUGUGGCGCGGUGGAUUGGGAAGGCCGGCCGGUGCUGGUGCACUGCUCAGACGGGUGGGACCGCACCCCCCAGAUAGUGGCUCUGGCCAAAAUUCUGCUAGAUCCCUACUACCGGACAUUAGAGGGUUUUCAGGUGCUUGUGGAGACAGAGUGGCUGGACUUUGGCCAUAAAUUCGGGGACCGGUGCGGCCACCAGGAGAACAUGGAUGACGUGAGCGAGCAGUGUCCCGUCUUCCUGCAGUGGCUGGACUGCGUUCACCAGCUGCUCAAACAGUUCCCCUGCCUGUUUGAGUUUAAUGAAGCUUUCCUGGUCAAGCUGGUGCAGCACACCUACUCCUGUCUCUAUGGGACGUUUCUGUGCAACAACGCUCGAGAGCGAGAAGCAAAGAACAUCUACAAGCGCACCUGUUCCGUGUGGUCCCUCCUCCGCGCAGGAAACAAGAACUUCCAGAACUUCCUCUACGUUCCCGGUCACGAUGUUGUGCUGCAGCCAGUCUGCCAUACUCGGGCCUUGCAGCUGUGGACAGCUGUUUACCUGGCCACCUCCUCCCCCUGCACAGCUGUGGAUGAAUCUGUGGAGCUCUAUCUCCCACCAUGUGUCACUGGAGAUGAGCUCACCUCCCGCUCACUGGACAGGCUUCCUAAGACUCGCUCCAUGGACAACCUGCUGUCGGCUCUAGAGAACGGGCUGCCUCUGACCCGUACGUCCAGUGACCCUAAUCUGAACAAGCACUGCCAGGAGGGCCGCUCGGCCCCGGGGCCCCCGGUUGCUGUAGAGGACGUGUCUGCAGAUAGCUCUGAGGAGGACGGACCUGAAGGGGCUGAGCAGGUGCAUUCAGCUGAUCCGGGUCUGGACAAGAACCCUGAGGCCGUAUCGGGGGAGCCUUGCCUUACCACGCAGCCCCUCCCGUCUCCACCCCUUCCCCCCGUGUCCCCCACACACUCGCUCACUGCCUUCAGCACUCCUGUCCUCCACCAGGCUUCGCCUGAGAUCACUAACCCUCCUCUUCCAUCGCCUCCACUUGGAGAUGAGAGUCCAGGUAGAACUGCUAAACCCUCCUCACCCUCCCAUAAACCUGAGCCUUGCUUACCCCUCCCCUGCAAAACCAGUCAGCCUGCAGCCUCCACUUUAGUGUCCAAUGGACUCGCUGAGGGCCAGACUAACUGUCUGCCACAGCCUGCCCCACUGCUGGCUCUGAAACAGCAGACGGCCAGCAUGGAGGACUCCACUGAGACCCUCACAGAUGAGGGAGAGCUCCCCCCUGCCUCCCCCUCUCCGUUACCCCAGCAUCUCACUCAGAGCCAUUUGAGUGACGAGGAUCAGCCUCAGAAAGAGAAGGAGGGGCUAAGGACAGAGCUGGUGAAGGGAAAAGGGAGGACGUUGAUGGAUGCGGCAGCUUUGGACUCGGCGUCCCCUCACCCACCCGCCCCCCAGGCCCAGCUGUCAGACCUGUCUGUGCUGGGCUCUCCAUGGGACAGCGUCCAGGGUCUGGUCCAGUCCAACUCCAGCCACUCUGCCGUCAUCCGAGCGCUGCACCCCGGCAGCUACCAGAGCCGGCGGCUAGCGAGUAAACUCCUCCGCUCGCAGGGCUUCGCCGCUGCCACCGGGUCCCAGUGCUGCCGGAGGGAGGCUCUCUGUUGCUCGGCGCAGGCUGGAUGUCCGUCUGCAGCCCGGAGCUCAGCCCAAAUGGGCCUGUGUGGCCCCGCUCUCAGCAGCUACUCCCUAGCGAGCCACCAGCUCCUACCGGCGUCGUAUUCCUCACCAUCAGCCGCCGGCUCUCCUCCCCCGCCCCAGACCCCAGCGUACCUGGAUGACGACGGCCUGCCAGUGCCGCUGGACGCCGUGCAGCAACGGCUGCGGCAGAUCGAGGCUGGCUACAAGCAGGAGGUGGAGGUGCUGCGGCAGCAGGUGCGGCAGCUGCAGAUGAGGUUGGAGAGUAAACAGUUCAGCAGCCCGCCCUCUGAGCCAGACAUCGACUAUGAGGAUGACAUUACAUGUCUGCGGGAGUCGGACAACAGCAACGAGGAGGACUCCCUGUCCACCCACAGCGAGGACCGUCUGUCUGAGUGCAGCUGGGAUCGGGUUGAACCCAAGGACACAGAGGUCACCAGGUGGGUCCCUGACCACAUGGCCUCGCAUUGCUUCAACUGUGACUGUGAGUUCUGGAUAGCCAAGAGGCGUCACCACUGCAGGAACUGUGGUAAUGUGUUCUGUAAAGACUGCUGUCACCUGAAGCUGCCCAUCCCAGACCAGCAGCUGUACGACCCGGUGUUGGUGUGCAACACCUGCCACGACCUGCUCCUGGAGUCCCGCACCCGCGAGAUCCGCAGCCAGCAGCUGAAGAAGGCCAUUGCCACGGCGUCCAGCUGAGAGAGGCGCGGCGACGCGCGGCCCACCUCUGCUCUGUCCUGCUCGUUUCCGACCGACGAGCAGAGCGACCCGUUGGCAACUUCGACAUGCUGUCGUUUUGGCUGCGAGGGGGUUCGGUGAGCGACGAGGAGGAGAUGUGUCCUCUGUGGAGAAACAUGGAUGCACUUGAGACUAGAAGGUGAUUGGAUGAAGCAGGUUAGCGGAGGUGGAGUUGAUGCUGUUUAGAUAUUUUUCAGCCUGGAGUGCUGCAGCGUCCCGCUGCCCCCCCCUGGCGGCCCAGUCCUCUGACGGCGUCCCGUCUCUGUCCACCCACCUUUUGUCCUGAAAGAACAGCGGCACCAUUCUGGCAGACUGUCUCGCUCUUUAAAAGGACAAUCGCUCAACCUUCAUGUGUCGGGAACUCUCCACACGCCACUGGAGGCGACUUCGAAAGAGGAAAAAAAAGAAAUGCUGCUACAGUAUUUAAGUCUAAUUUUGUAUUUUUAUUUUGUGCACUACUAGCUGUUGUGUAUUUGAGGGAGACCAAACUUGAGCAUAAGGGAGAAACCUGCUGUUUACUUUGCUAAAUGCAUCUUAUUCCUUUAGAGCCAGAAUGUAAGUGUGCUGGGAAGACUGGACGGAUCUCCCUUUUCCCCGCUGGACUCAUUUAAACGUUCGCUGCUGCAACAUGUGCUUUGACCUCUGCGUACGCACAGUCGACGUGGUUCCGUCUCCGUCGUCGCUUCGCUCCACUGCGGCCAUGUUAUCACACCAGGCUGAUGAAGACGGCUGCUUGUUUUGGUGAAGUGGUUGCUGAGAGGAGUCGGGAUGGGAGAUUUUUAAAGGUGCUGGUGGAUUUCUGUGACGUUUCCCAGGGAAUCUCUAAAGGUUUGAGCUGAGACUCUCGUCUGAACAUCUCAGUGUCCUCGUGAAGCUUGAUGUCCAUCAUAUUGUGAACUGGCAGAAGACUGAACAGAACACUCAGAUUUCUUUUUGUUUUUUGUCCCCCUUCAGAAAAAGUGUUUUGUGUCUACUGGUUGUUUCUUGAAUCAAUAGUGCCAUAUUUGGUUUUGUCUACUUUAAAAGCCUUUUUUUUUUCUUUUGUCUAAACAGCAGCAGGUUUCUAAUCGGCCACGCCUGUGUUUGAUUUAUUGGUGCAAAUAUUUAGCUGCUCAGUAACACUGAUUCGAAUUAAGAUUAACAAAUUGAGUUAGAUAAAGACAACGAUGGGAUAUAACUGAAUUAGUAAAACUCUGAGCUUAACCAUUGUGUAAUGCUUGGGAUGUUUUUUUUUUCGUUUUUUUUAAUGCACGAUAAAGUGGAAAUUUUUCAAGACCAGAUCAAAAAUGUAACAAACUGUUAUCCGAUCAGUAGUGGUGGCUAAAACCCGUUAUCUAAUAAUUGUUGUAAAGAAAAUGCACUGUAAAACUGAAAUCCCAUUAGUUCAAAUAAACCAUCAUAUGAAAUACCGGC